AUGACUCGCCGCAAGAUCGUGAAGGCCGAGAAGAAGGUCUCGCCGCAGCGAGAAGUGCUUGCUAUCAUCGCGGACAAGCAUCGUGUAUUGUUCAGGCACUGUGUCGAAGCCACCAAGGUCGAGUUUAAUUUCGUUACCACGCACCUGCAUCUCACUGCCCAGGCUGCCAAGCUGGAACUCCACCGCAUCAAGAACAUUUUUCUUGGUAAGAAGCCGAAGAAGUAG